AGGUGCUUGCACUUUCUGUCUACCUUUUGUGUUGAAGUAAUCAAAGCAGACAUUACUGCGCGCAAUUCUGUUCGCGUCCAUUUCCCACCGCAUUUGUAUGAACCUAGGAUCGAUUGUAGCAACAAAGAACCGACCCCCAAUUGAGGGAUAUGCAAAAAUAUCUUGGUACUAACACGUGAAAACACCGGUGCUCAUAAUGUUGUCUCAACCUCCCCUUAACGUGUGACGCGAAACUUUCUUUAAUUGAUUUUUAUUUGUCGUAGUUUUCCUUCCUCGAAGCUUAUAUCCUGGAUUUUCCGACACAUCCAUUUUAGUGCCUCCUUUUACGUUCUGAACAAUAAUUAUGUUCAGUUGUUUGUAGUCGUACUAAUUAGAUCAUGAAGAACAAAGUGGCUUCUCCUCCAUACCUCUUUCGAUCAGUGCUGACUACCGCGACUUUAUAUUGUUCUUGUGAGUGUACUAGUAUAAGAAGUGCAGGUGUAGUCUUCUCUCAAAAUGUCGUCUUCUCUCAACUAGCAUUCUCUCAAAAUGUCGUCGGCUACAAGUAGCACGCCUGGUUCUGGCGCCCAUACAGUGGCUUCCUCGGAGAUGAACCAAAGCCCACCGAGGCAUUUGGUCAUUCAUGCAGUGCACUCCGAGAAGAUGAACGGGGCCCCGCCAAGGCAGUCCGCGGCGCAUCAGGUGACCUCGCUGAGCACAGAUGCGGGUCCAGUGAAGCCUGCUCCGGCGCAUGCAGUCACCGCGGAGGAAUCAGAUGUCAAGGUGGCAUCACUAGCUGCGACUCCUGCAGUGGCUUCGGAGGAGAAAGAAGUACGGGCGCCGAAAUCUUCUCCUGUCCACGCAGUUCCCGUCGAAGAAGCGGAGACACAGGCACCGCAGCACGACGGUGUCCACGCAGUGACGUCAGAGGAAAUGGCGGUGCCUGCUCCAAGAGAGUCCGGGAGUCUCGAGAAAGCCGCUGCUGAUAUGCUGCAGGAUAACCCUGAGAACGAAGCGGGUAAAGAGGAGUUAAGUCCCGAUUGCGGACGCGGAAGCUUGAACACCGAAGUUUUCAAUCGACGGUGCAGCCAGAGUCUCUCGCGCUUGCGUGACGGUGCACCCAGUCGCGCGGCCUCAAUAGCAGGCCCGCGGUCCGAAGGCGAGAAUGCUACCAGUGCUCCUGUCAUAGAAUCUUCAAAAGUAGACGAAGGAACUAUUACCUCUGGUGCAGCAUUGUUCCCAGUGCCGAAGGUUGCACCUUUAGCCGACUUCCGUCAGGGAGCCGAGCACCCCGCUUUAUUGGACGGUGUGUUAGAAUUACAGCGCCCGCACCUCGAAACAUGGCGCUUUGAUUCUCCCGAGGAAGCGAAUAGGGCCCGCCGUCAGAGUGCAGAAGUAGCCGUGUACGUCUGGAACUACCUCGAGUUUCUCAGUCACUGUCGUGCUGGAGAUGAGGAACAGGUAAAAAAGUCAUGAUUCAUCUGCUGGUGUGACGUAGAUAUUCAUAUUCAUGGGCGGAGGUUGUAGUUUGCGACUCGAUUUGAUCAAGACGAUGAUAAGAGAAGACCAUUGUGUGUAGUCGUCUACAGUUCAAUAUAUCUUAUAACUGCGACUACCAAGAGCAAGAAACCUAAGACAGUCAGGGUAGUCGUUCAUCUGUUUGCGGAUACAACAGCUCCGUCGACUUCUAGAUGUCUACAAAUACUUCCAUAAUUUUCAACAGGCGGACCAAGAGGUUCUUGAGGAAGUAGCGCGUAGGGCUAAAUGGGUGUCUGAUGGUAUCCCUCUUGUUCCUGUCGAGGCUACGACUGAGGAACAAAAGCUAGACACCGAGGAUUCGACGGAGAAACAAGCUGUAAUCGAAAGUGCAGGCGAUGCGAUUUGUGCUACUGCAGGCGAUGGAGACGCUGCCACUGAUACGAACACAGCGUUGAACACGGAUAAGCCUGAGCCGCAUACAGCAACUGCGGUGGCGCACCCCUACGGAUCGGUUUUCGAGCACAUGGACGAGAAGACCUUUGGCGUGCUCCUUCGAACACAGCAAAUACGGGAUCCGGCGCUCGCCGUGUCGGUGCUGAGCUACGUUCGCCGGCUGUCGCGGAAAGAUCCGUUCGUUAGCGAGCGCACACAGAGCGAAGAGGAGAAUGAGGAUGCGAGCAACUCCGACGAGGAAGGUUGCUUGGAUGAAACGCUCUUUGUAGCUGGGAAGCCAGCUGCUUUACAAAAGAAGGAGCCGGCAAAAAUCCACCGAUCUGGAAAAAAGAGACGCCCUGUCAUCACCGUCGCAAACGAAAUCUUCCUGCGCGAGCUGGCUCUGCACAGCCGCAACUAUGAGCUGCAGUGCUUUAGUGCGCUGGCGAAUCGGGUCGGCGGUCUGAGCUACGAAUACAAGGAGGCAACCGGGUCUCUGGUGCCCGAAUCCAUCGCCACCGUGCACUCCCACGAGCAAAAGAGACCCAGCAAAGAAGGUCGCCGUCACGGAAAGAGGGAGGACGGUGGAGAACAAGAGCACAAAAAACAUCACUCGCACCAUGAGAAAGGAACAAACGGUCAUAGCAAACACCAAAGCCAAAUCAUCGACCCGGACAACGAGCUUGAGAUGCUCCGGAAGAUGGAGGAGGAGGCGGAAGAAAGCGGCGGCACGGAGUCUCCGGAAGCGCAGAGCCCGGGGGGCUUCAGCGACAUCAUGUCGGGGGUCCUGCACGGGUUGAAGGCACUUAUUCUCACUGAGGAAGAAGUGGGCGAGACCUUUGGUCAGCUCACUGCUGCGGAGCUGGAAGAGUUGGAGGCGUGGAAGAGGGGUGACCCGAACGUGAAGGUGCCGAGGUUGAUGCAGGACAAACUGAUUGGGGACGCGGCGGAGCUGGAAGAAGAAGCAGAAGAAAGCGGAGGUGGUUUGUUCGGUUCCCUUCUGAAAACCUCAGGAGUCCAAGGCGUCCUGGACGAAGCCCAGGCGGUGGAGUGCACACCGCGGAGCCCGUCUCAGAAGGAGGCGUGGGAGGAAACCUGCCAGCGGUUGAAGACGCGCAGGUAUAGCCUCACGCCGAAGUCCAAGGCCUUUUCGACCAGCGCCAAGGAACGCGAAAUGGCAAGCAAAGACGACAACACCAUGAACUCCUUCAUGGCAACCGACACGGAACUGCAGAAACUCGCGCGGGAAUCGAUGAAAGAAGAGGAGCACCAGCGUCGGAAGCAGCUCAAAGAGGAGACGCGAGAGCGCAAAAACUCGCACAAGAUGCACGUGAGCAAAUCUUUUACUGGAGGGGACGAAGAAGCUUUAGAAGAAGAAGAAGAAGCGAAAUGCGGUGACGCCCCAGCCCAGGUUCUGCUUAUCGAGGGCGCUGGUCAGCAGACUGGAGGAGCAUCAAAAGAGGACCAGCUGUACGGAGGGGAGGCGCUUGACGAGACGAAGAACAAUAACUCCGGCAUCGGAAGUUUCUUUGUGCAAAUGCUCCCUAGCAACGUCACGGGAGUGAGGAGGCCAAGUAGACAUAGCCACCGCAGGUUGUCGAAGCGCACUAUGAGUCAGUCCAUGGAAAACUACGAGAACGAGCGUGGGCUCUUCGACGACGCUAUAGAUAGCGAUGGGGAGGUGAAGCGUGACAGUAUAGCGAAAAAGGUCUCCGGGAGCGUGGCUAGUCUCAUUCGCAUCGUCACCGAAGACCAAGACAAGAAGGAUCGCGUGACGCAACCUCUGAUCCGAAACGGCAUGAGCGGCAACCGGCGAAAAACCUACUACCGGACGCCAAGCCUCACACCGGGAGAGCCACGGAUCCGUCCGCAAGAAGUGCUGGAGUCAAAAGCGAUUGUGGAGCAACCGGAAGUGAUUCCGUAUGAAGAUGCGGCGAAAAGCGCGGCAACCCAGCCUCUGUAUGUACCGAGAGGAUCUCGAAGAAACUCCAAAGGGCCGCAUCACCAUCGGCAGCACGGCCUCGGCGGAAGCAUCGUGGCUUUCUUCGAAGACGCGCACACAGCCGUAUUCGGAGGCACGGACGUGCGUGGAAUCGACGAGUUUCAAGCGGGGCUGGAUGCGAUGCCGGAAACGAACAAUAAAGAGAUCGUGGCGAAGGAAAAGGUAGCUGCUUUCUUUGCGGAUCAGCGCAACACGAAUUCCGAUGUGCGCCCUGACGUGAAGGAAAUCCUUGGCGACGACAAGCCUUUUGGAUCGCUCGACGACUCUCCUGCUACAGUCGACGCUGCGAAUCCAGCGAAGCGCGCGGAAGCAGCGGUGGCGCCGCCGGCGGACAGCAAGAAGCGUCACCACCACAGGUCUGAGCCGGAGCCGAGUGCGAAAGACUCGUCUCGUCAAGGGGGCAGCGAAGCCAAAAGCGCUCCGACUGCUGCUCAGGCACCAAAAACGCAACCCGUAAAGCAAGGGGACCUCCAUAUUGACGGCGUCACAAGCGUUCUAGCCCCGAUAGAAGAUCAGCUGGUCCUCUGGUUUUACGAAGAGAGUGCAAAGGCAAGCCGCACUUUUUUUCUUGAGCACCAGAACGACUCGCUGCCGUCUCCUUUCUGCCUGUCGUCCUCGAAGUCGACGCCAGUUGUAGCCUCUGCCAAAGCUGCACCUACUGCAGCCUCCUCGUCUUCUACGGACGCUAAAGCGACCAAGCCUGCUAUCUUAGAAGCACAGAAUGACACGACGAUGGCCACUGAAGGGGUCAUGAUUGCGUCAUAUGGAAAUUCAGCAAAACACAAAAAGAUACUUGUGGGAGAAGGUGAAGCAAUGCCCAGUGGACAACAAAGUGGGCCUGCGCCGCUUCUCUUCCUCCCAGAAGAGCCUCUUGCGGAUGAGACUGUCAGCAAAAGUUCCGCAGCGACUUCAGGACCGCGAUGUGACGAAAUAAGUGUUGCGGCCGAAACCCCAACGACAACCACUGAUGCACCACCGGAAGACCGCAACGACAACCACAAUGUUGAUACGGAGGUACCGGAGGCGCCAGAGGCGCGAGAGUCCGCUGCAGAGGCUGUUCCGCUUGGGGGUAUCGCUGAACUCAAAGGCAAAUUGGCGUUGCGAAAAAACAAAGUUGACGCGGACGUCCAACUCGAUGAACAAAAAAAGAAAAUUGAAAAACAGCAGGAAGAUCUGCUUAAACAGCAGAGACGGCAAAUGCAGGGGCUCCAACAGCCUCCUGGAAUGCAACUGCAAGCGAUGCAACAGCCAGCUAUGCAUAUGCAACCUCCGGGAAUGCAACUGCAAGCGAUGCAACAGCCAGCUAUGCAUAUGCAACCUCCGGGAAUGCAACUGCAAGCGAUGCAACAGCCAGCUAUGCAACUGCAAGCGAUGCAACAGCCAGCGAUGCAGCAGCAAGCGAUGCAACAGCCAGCGAUGCAACAGCCAGCGAUGCAGCAGCAAGCGAUGCAGCAGCAAGCGAUGCAGCAGCAAGCGAUGCAACAGCAAGCGAUGCAACAGCAAGCGAUGCAACAGCAAGCGAUGCAGCAGCCAGCGAUGCAACAGCAAGCGAUGCAACACCAAGCGAUGCAACAGCAAGCGAUGCAGCAGCCAGCGAUGCAACACCAAGCGACGCAACAGCAAGCGACGCAACAGCAAGCGAUGCAGCAGCAGGCGAUGCAGCAGCAGGCGAUGCAGCAGCAGGCAAUGCAGCUCCAGCAGAUGCAGCAACAAUUUCAACAGCAACCUCUGCAGCAGCAGGGUAUCUCUCCGCGACAGCUGCAGGAGCAACAGUUGCAGCAGCAAGCAAUGCAGCAGAUGCUGCUGCAGCAGGGUAUCUCCCCGCAGCAGUUGCAGCAGCAAGCGCUGCAGCAGCAGGAUAUCUCAACGCGACAGCUUCAGGGGCAACAGUCGCAGCAGCAAGCGUUGCAGCUGCAACAAAUGCAACUACAGCAAGCUAUGCAGCAGGCGCAGCAGCAGCAAGUUUCUCCGAGAACGCUGCAGGAACUGCAAUUGCAGCAGCAAGCGUUGCAGCUGCAACAAAUGCAACUACAGCAAGCUAUGCAGCAGGCGCAGCAGCAGCAAGUUUCUCCGAGAACGCUGCAGGAACUGCAAUUGCAGCAGCAAGCGUUGCAGCAGGCGCUCCAGCAACAACAGUUACAGCAGCUUGGGCAAAGUACCUGGCAGGGUCUUCAGUCGAAUCCGGUAGAGCAGCGUGCUGA